UCGGUUGUGUUUCGCCCUAUAUAGUCAAAUUAAUUAAAAAUGUAGCAUUCCUCAGGUUGGUCAAUAAUAGGAAAAAGUGCUUUAAAAGAUAGUUCACAGCUAACUGUUUAAAAUUGUACACUUAAUAUGAAGGCAUUGUCAACAACUUAUAAUCGUUAAGGAUUCCAACGUGUGAUUUCAGCUGAAAAUUGUUGACACCAUCCGCCUAAGCAGCAUCCGUUAUCAGACAUUCUUAAUGGUUAUGAAUAAAACGAACAUGGUGUAUACAUCAGUACAAAAACAACCCAGCGACGCAUUAAACAAAAGAUGUCUAGAGAAUAAGGAAAAGAAUGGAAGAUCACAGACAGAAAACCAGACAGAAACCCAGACAGAAAGCCAACAUGAAGAAGACGGUCGGGAUAAAUGGAGUGGAAAUUUGGAUUUUUUAUUGUCCUGUGUAGGAUAUGCCGUCAGCAUCACCAAUAUUUGGAGAUUUCCUUAUUUAUGCUAUAAAAAUGGUGGAGGUGCUUUUCUGAUACCAUACGUAAUUUUCCUGUUAAUAUGCGUUAUACCGUUAAUCUUCAUUGAAUAUGCUUUAGGCCAGUUUUCCAGCAGUAGUGUAUUAACGGUCUGGAAGAUAUCGCCACUUUUGAAAGGUAUUGGAUACGGCGUAUUGAUUGCUUCAGCUAUAUACUGUACGUACGUCAAUGUGAUUAUUUCCUGGGUGCUGUAUUUUCUUUACCAAUCAUUUACGUCUGUGCUUCCGUGGAGUCAUUGCAACAACGACUGGAAUACAAUCAAUUGCCAUGAUACGCAUGUAUAUAAUACCUCAUCUGGUAUUCAAAAUGGCCCUGUAUAUACUAGCCCAUUUGGUAUUCAAAAUGGCACGGUAACUACAAACGAAACCAAGAAAACUGCCAGUGAGGAAUUUUGGACGCACAACGUAUUACAGAUUACAGAUGGUAUAGAAAAUAUUGGAGGGAUAAGACUAGAACUAUUAAUAUGUUUGUUUGUUGCAUGGAUAAUUGUCUUUCUAUGCUUAUGUAAAGGUAUCAAAUCAUCUGGCAAGGUAGUUUAUGUAACAGUUACGUUUCCUUAUGUUGUAUUACUCAUUUUUCUGGUACGAGCAGUGACUCUCCCGGGAGCUAUUGAUGGUAUCAAGUAUAUGUUCAUUCCAAAGUGGCAUAAAUUGAUUUCCUCACAAGUAUGGGGUGAGGCUGCAUUACAGAUUUUCUUUUCGACUGCUGUUGGAUGGGGAGGUUAUAUAACAUUUGCCAGUUUUAAUCGGUUCCAUCACAACUUAUACAGAGAAGCCAUACUUGUGCCUUUAAUAAACGGUGGAACGAGUAUUUUGGCGGGAUUUAUUGCAUUUUGUAUUCUAGGAUACAUGGCAAAUAUAAAAGGAAUGCACGUAGCUGAUGUUGUUGAUCAAGGUCCUGGUCUGGCUUUUGUGGCAUAUCCAGAAGCAAUAUCAACUUUUCCUGUGUCACCGUUGUGGGCGGUCCUUUUCUUUCUCAUGAUGCUUACUUUAGGCAUUGAUACUCAGUUUGGAACAAUUGAAACCAUGCACAGUGCAUUAGUAGACGAAUAUCCGAAGUUAUUACGAAACAGGAAAACACUUUUCAUGAGUGCUAUAUGUUGUGUUGGAUUCCUCUCAGGCAUACCGUAUGUAAUGAAUGGAGGAAUUUAUAUUUUACAAACCGUAGACUGGUACGUUGGAUUAAUUACUCCAAUGAUAGCUGCAAUAAUGGAAUGUAUUCUGAUUGGAUGGAUAUAUGGUACUGAACAAUUCUAUGAUGAUCUGGAAAUGAUGACAGGUAAAAGGCCUUCUUGCUUAUGGGGUAUAUUUUGGAAAUUUAUAACACCAACAUCAGUUGUGUUGAUGAUAGUAUUUAAUAUGAUACAAUUCACGCCAGUUUCAUAUGGCACCUAUAAGUAUCCAUCGUGGGCAGUCGGUGCAGGCUGGAUAAUUGGCUUUGCCUCAGUUAUACCUAUACCUUUAUAUAUCAUCAAAGACUUAUGGUCCGCUGAAGGAACAAUUUUGCAAAGAAUUAAAACUCGGCUGACGUCAGAGUCGGACUACGGACCUGCCAUAGAAGUAAAUUAUAUCAACCCAGUUGAACUUCUUCAGCUUACAACAACUGAACGUUUGGAUAAUGAUUCGUCUAAUCAGCCGGAAGUAUUUGACGAAAAACAAAAUAUGAUUUGAAUAAAUGUUUAUAUCAUAGUUACCAUGUGCAUCUAUCGCUUUUGAUUUUUCUGUACCUUUUUGAAAAAGAUAAUGGACAUUCAUCAACAGAUAACAAAAGAUACAAAUAACGUAUUACUAGAAGAAAGAUCAAACUGUAUUCAUUUUGUACAAUCCUAUGGGAAAUAUGUUGCACACGUAAAUUAAACAGAUUAUAGGCCAUUCUGUUGUCAUAUUGGUUAAUAUUAAACAUUCAUAUAUAAAAAAACUUCUUUACAUUUAACACUUUGUUUUAGUUUCAAUAUUCAGUAGUAGAGAAUUGAUAAGAAGUAGUGGAUUCGUAAACGAUAAUCAACGAGCGACUUUAGUCG